CACAAGUGCGAGGGGCUCGCGGAGGCGCGCAGACACCGAGCGGCUGGGAUUGAGUCUAUAAGGUUCUCAUCUGUUGUUUAAGAGCGCAGCGCUGCUCGAGCGACACUCAUCUUUGAACUCAGCGUUUGACAGACUGUAAACCCGCUCUGAAAAAUGGCAGAAACCGCUCCAGCCCCGGCCGCUGCCGCCCCGCCGGCCAAAGCGCCCAAGAAGAAGUCCGCCUCCAAAGCCAAGAAAGCAGGUCCAGGCGUCGGUGAGCUGAUCCUCAAAGCCGUAUCCGCGUCCAAGGAGAGGAGCGGCGUGUCGCUCGCCGCCCUGAAGAAAGCUCUCGCCGCCAGCGGCUACGACGUGGAGAAGAACAACUCCCGCGUCAAGCUCGCCAUCAAGAGCCUGGUGACUAAAGGCGCCCUGCUUCAGGUCAAAGGGACCGGUGCCUCCGGCUCUUUCAAGAUAAGUAAGAAGCAAACCGAGACAAAGAAGAAACCGGCGAAGAAGGCGGCUCCCAAAGCGAAGAAGCCCGCGGCCAAGAAACCCGCUGCUGCCAAGAAGCCCAAGAGCGCAGCUGCAAAGAAACCCGCCGCUAAGAAAUCGCCCAAGAAGGCCAAGAAACCCGCCGCUGCAGCCGCCAAGAAGGCGACGAAGAGCCCCAAGAAGGCGAAGAAGCCGGCAGCGCCCAAGAAAGCAGCCAAGAGCCCCAAAAAAGCCAAGGCUGCCAAACCCAAGGCAGCAAAACCAAAAGCUGCCAAGCCUAAAGCUGCAAAGCCCAAAAAGGCAGCCCCCAAGAAGAAAUAAAUAGCUUCUCUUUUAUUCCACAAAGGCUCUUUUCAGAGCCACCCACUUAAUCUAAAGAAAGAGCAAAAACGCAUUUUAGUUCUUAAAGUAAACUAUAAACACAGCGUUUUACAUGUUGACAGUUAAUUAAGGAAAGCCAUAAAGUUAUUCACGGACAUUAAUACAUCUUUAAUGGAUUAUCGAUAUAAAUUCAAAGAAGAUACAAUAAAUGUUUACUAAUGCUUUUUUUUCACUGAAAGUGUUUAGGGGGUAAUGAACUUUUCACUGGCCUGAUCUGAACCCCCUCUAACACAAAUCCCAAUCUAUC